GUUGAAAUCAAGGCAGUUUUGUCACUGAGACAAAUGACAAGGAAACCAACGGCUGCUAAAUCUGACUUCCAGUUGCUCAGCAUGUUGCUGUUUAAUGUACUGUCCCCAACAUUUGCUAGAGUUAUCGUUAACCGUUUACUGAAAUCUAGGGCAAGGUCUUGCCUACCCAAUUGUAUCUCUCCUUUCUCGUUUAGGAGGGCAUUGCUGCAGUCAACUGAACCGUGUGAUAUGCCGAGUUUGGAAGUGAAUAAAAUGAGACCAUCUAGAAUCUCCCUGCACACAGUGGCUAUAUCCGCCUCAUUGAAAUCCACAAUCCCUGUUAAGCCGCCUAGUGGAAUAGCCAGAUGCACAUACUCAUAGACCAAAUCAAGCUGGAUGUGACGGUUCCGUUCAAUAUGAAGUUUAUUGGUGAACUAUCUGGCGAAAUACUAGCAUGGGGAAAGAAGAAAAGAACACUGUGCCUGCCAGCGUCGAACUAUUUAAUGUGCGAGGGGCUCUGGCCCUAAAACAGAACAAAGAAAUCAACACAAA